UUGACCCCGCAGUCUCUCUCCUCGCUUUCUAACAAAUGCCAGGAACUAUUUCCCCCGAUAUCCACACCCACUUAUACCGAGGGUCUUGACCCGGUAGCUUAAGAAACAAUCCCAAUGCCCCCCCUGCCAAUCUACUCGUCCCUAUCUUAAUUAAUCAACUAAUUGAUUCUAUUAAUACCAACACUAAGCAAAGCAAUCCCGCCUAACCAUAACCAUGCCGCCGAUCCCCAAGAACAUCAUCGUCACCGGCGCCGGCGGUUUCAUCGGCCCCCUGCUCGUGGCCCGUCUGCUCAACGACCCGGGGUACCGGGUGAUCCUGACGGACCUAGUCGAGCCGGUCGUCCCCCCCGGGGUCGAAUACCCGCAGAACGCGACGGCGCUCAAAGGCGACAUCUGCGACCCGGCGUUCGUAGCGUCCCUGCUAGAUGCCGCUGCCCCGCUCUCCGCUAUAUUCAUCUUCCACGGCAUCAUGUCGGCCGGGUCGGAAGCUGACUGGGAUCUCUCGCUGCGCAUCAAUGUGAACAGCGUAAGGGACUUGUUGCUAGCGCUACGGGCAAAGUACCCCGGUGUUCGCGUGAUUUACUCCAGCUCCCAGGCCGUGUACGGACAGCCGCUGCCGGACGGGCCUAUCUCGGAUAGUGUCACGCCGACGCCCGAGGGCACGUAUGGCGCGCACAAGUUGAUGAUGGAGGUCUUCAUCAACGACAUGCAUCGGCGGGGCUUUAUCGACGCCUUCAGCCUGCGGUUCCCGACGGUCUCGGUGCGGCCGGGCCGGCCUACCAGCGCCGCAUCGUCGUUCCUAUCCGGCAUGAUCCGGGAGCCGAUGAAGGGCGAGGAGAGCGUCAUUCCGCUGGAAGACCGAUCGUUCAAAUCGUUUCUUACUUCCCCGGGAACUCUACAGGAAAACCUUAUCAGGGUGUUGAACAUGGAUAGCUCGAAGCUACCGAAGCACAUCCGCCAUAUUAAUGUCCCCGGGAUCUCGGUCUCGAUACAGGAACUGAUGGAUGCGCUUGCCAAGUACGGAGGGGAGGACAAGUUGAAGUACCUCAAGGAGGAGACUGAUCCAGACCUCGAACGGAUAUUGCGAAGCUGGGCGCCGGAGCUCGACACAACUACGCCGCUGAAGCUUGGGCUGACUAAGGACGAGAGCGCGGAAACACUUGUCAAGCAGUAUAUCGAUUCUCUUAAGUCGUAAUACUCACCUGUAAUUCCAAAUGCCACAAAAUUUUGAUCACUAUGUUAGUCUUG